AACAACAAUGUAUAAAUAAGGAUCCAGUAAUAUUAAAUACUGAUAUGAUUUAUUACUUUGGUCUAAAAUUAUACACUCUCUUUCUCAGGCGGAUAACAAAUAUUAUUACAAUAAAUUAUAUUUGUAAUAUAUUUUUAUUUUUAUUGUGAACAUUUGCAGUUAUUUAUGCUUAUGCAAAUAAUGUAACUGGAUCAAUAUUAACCGAAAUCCCCAGUUUUGGUUUUAUAACAAGUAAAUGUGUUUAUUACAAUGGUUUUGCGUUCAAAUAGAUUGUACUAUUCUAAUUAUCAAGUGUAGGCGUGUCCUAGUGUGAGACGUGAGUGCGUGUGCUUGUGCUUGUGCGUGUAUUGAACUGUACGCAGUGGUCAAGGCAACAGGUGCAGUGCGGCAAGGAAAUGUCCCAGGACUACCUGUUGUUGUUUUUGUUGUUGUGUUGUUGGAUGUUCGCAUACUGUACAGAACCGUCCAACUUCAACAACGGUUUCGUCACGGACAUCGUCCCAACAGAGACAGUUAUAUUACUUGAGGCUGAAGCAGAAUUGGGAAGUGUGGCUCGAAUUCCCUGUGACCUCACCACUCCUAUCACUAUGGACUCACUCUCUCUCGUCAUAUGGUACAAGGAUGACGGCAAGUCACCUAUUUACAGCAUGGAUGUUAGAGGUCGCAGUCUAGAUCAGGCGACUCACUGGUCUGAGGACCCCAUCUUCAAGAGCCGUCUCCUCUACACCCCUGACUAUCCUGCAUCCUACCUCUCACUGGACGCCGUGUCAGAGGCUGACUCUGGUAUCUACAAGUGCCGUGUCGACUUCAAACACUCGCCUACUAAGAACUACUUUGUCAAUUUAACCGUAUUGGGGCCCCCUGGGCUCAGCAGGUCGUCUAGCGACUGCGCAUCACGCGGCCUCACUCCUAGUUUUCUACUGUCUCACCUGCUCUGGUGGUCAGGGUUCCCUUGGCUCAGCAGGUCGUCUAGCGACUGCGCAUCACGCGGCCUCACUCCUAGUUGUCUACUGUCUCACCCGCUCUGGUGGUCAGGGCCCCCUUGGCUCAGCAGGUCGUCUAGCGACUGCGCAUCACGCGGCCUCACUCCUAGUUUUCUAUUGUCUCACCUGCUCUGGUGGCCAGGGUCCCCUUGGCUCAGCAGGUCGUCUAGCGACUGCGCAUCACGCGGCCUCACUCCUAGUUUUCUACUGUCUCACCCGCUCUGGUGGUUAGGGCCCCCUUGGCUCAGCAGGUCGUCUAGCGACUGCGCAUCACGCGGCCUCACUCCUAGUUUUCUACUGUCUCACCUGCUCUGGUGGUCAGGGUCCCCUUGGCUCAGCAGGUCGUCUAGCGACUGCGCAUCACGCGGCCUCACUCCUAGUUUUCUACUGUCUCACCUGCUCUGGUGGUCAGGGUCCCCUUGGCUCAGCAGGUCGUCUAGCGACUGCGCAUCGCGCGCCCUCAAUCCUAGUUGUCUACUGUCUCACCCGCUCAAGUGGUCAGGGCCCCCUUGGCUCAGCAGACCGGCCGGCACCGAGCUUCUCCUCGCCACUCUGCCGCAUCGACACGACCUGGACCUGGACCAACCCCGUACACGUGGAACCGUGCUCGUGAAUGCCUUCGUGGAGGAAACUGGCCUGCCCGGCACAACAGCUCUCGCUUCUUCUAGUCCAGAGACGCCGUCAAACGUCCCUCGAGAGCGCUCCGCGGCGAUCGCAUCUUCUCCGCUCGAGCCAGUGCCUACUGAGGUUGUUGGAGAUUCGACUGGGACCCUACAGCCAUCUCCAAAUCUCCAGCGCCUCUCAUACGCGGACACCCCCAGCCACGCAGUAAGCUGGUUCAGACUCGACGAGUUAGUAGACGAGGUAGUGGAUGCACAGUUUGACGGACAAGUCAGCAACACCCUGGUACUACUGGCAGUAUCCUGGGAGUUGUACGGGACCACCUUCGAGUGUCGCGCUAUGUCUUGUUGCAGGAUGGCCCAGCCCCGCAGAUGGCCCAGCCCCGCAGUAAGCUGGUUCAGACUCGACGAGUUAGUAGACGACUUAGUGGAUGCACAGUUUGACGGACAAGUCAGCAACACCCUGGUACUACUGGGAGUAUCCAGGGAGUUGUACGGGACCACCUUCGAGUGUCGCGCUAUGUCUUGUUGCAGGAUGGCCCAGCCCCGCAGAUGGCCCAGCCCCGCAGUAAGCUGGUUCAGACUCGACGAGUUAGUAGACGACGUAGUGGAUGCACAGUUUGACGGACAAGUCAGCAACACCCUGGUGCUACUGGGAGUAUCCAGAGAAUUGUACGGUACCACCUUCGAGUGUCGAGCUAUGACCUCAUCUUCCUUCCCUCCACUGCGAGUUUCCGUCACGCUAGAUAUUUAUUUGGCCCCUCUGACAGUGAAGCUGAUGGGCCAGAACCUCCCCCUGAGUGCAGGCAAGGAGUACGAGCUUGCCUGUCAGACCUCGGGCUCCAGGCCACCAGCCACAAUUACUUGGUGGAAGGGAGGGACUCGCUUGUCAGUCCCCACUCGAGUCACUCCCAGUAACGAUGGCAACUCAAGUGUGAGCCGAGUCACCUUCCUGGCAGAUGUGGAGGACCUCGGCUCGUCCUUGUCCUGCCGCGCCUCCAACCCUAACGUGCCGGCUAGCGCUCUCGAGGAUUCUUGGACUCUCAACAUUCAUUAUGUGCCAGUGGUCGGGGUUGAACUAGGCAGCAACAUCAACGCCUCCUAUAUUAGAGAAGGGAUGGAUGUCUACUUCGAGUGCAGCGUCACUGCCAAUCCUCGGGUUCGCAAAGUUAUGUGGAUCCACAAUGGCCGAAUGGUAGCCAACAACGCUACUCUGGGAACGUUCAUCAGCACGAAGACUCUGGUGUUGCAGUCCGUGACCAGGGCGCACUCCGGAACUUACACUUGUGUCGCCACUAACUCCGAGGGUGAUGGGGAAAGUCCACCGUUUCACUUGGACGUCAAAUUUGCACCGCAGUGCCACACAACUCAGCAGCGGGUGUACGGUGCCGCUAGAUUGGAGAAGCUGACGAUCAGCUGCCAAGUGGACGGCAAUCCACCUGUACGAUGGUUCAGGUGGACUUUCAACAACUCUGCGGUCCAGGGCCGCUCGGUGGACAGCUUCGAGUCCGUGCCAUCGGGUGGUUCCAGUGUCGCAUCUUACCGUCCCGAGGCCGAGACCGACUACGGCACCUUGCUGUGUUGGGGACGCAAUGAGAUCGGGUCCCAGGAUGUUCCUUGUGUGUUCCACGUGGUACCAGCCGGAAACCCGGACACGCCAAAUAACUGCUCCCUGGUGUACAAGGAUCACCGCACACUGAGAGUCAGAUGUGCCAAGGGGUUCGAUGGUGGUUUGCCUCAACAGUUUGUAGCGGAGGUUCGAGACAGUGUGGGCUAUCUAGUACGUAAUAUCACAGCUCGCGGUCAAGCCGAGUUCAACGUCACGGAGCUGGAGCCUGGUGUCUCCUAUAACGUCACCGUGUACUCCAGCAACGGGAAGGGGCGUAGUCCAGACACCGUGCAGAUACUGGCAACUACAGAGAAGUAUGAACACACCACUCUCUACCAGCGAGUAUCAGAGGAUACCAUGGGUGACGUGGACCCUCUGCUACUGAUGGGGUUGGGGGCGUUGACCGGACUCGUGCUGAUAGCCGUCGUGUUCUUGCUGACGGUUCGGCUCAGGCGGAGACGUAGACUCGCUGAUCACAAACCCGCAGUCUACGAGAAGUCCGCGUCCAUGCAGACUACUGUCAACCUUCCAUCGGCAUCCGCUGACGACGAUCGCAACCCUGAUGUGGUUCCCCACACAACAGAACUGGAGGAGAUUGAGGUGGGAGUAGAGUUAUCUCCUGCUCCCCCUUGGGAUACUUCUCACGUCGCUGUCCCGUGUCCAGCCACCAUUCCGCUCUACACACAUGUGAUAACGGACGUACCGGUCAGAUGGCAGAAGGGUUGGCCGAGCAGCGAGGCAGUGACUCCUAGUCUGCGAAACGCCGAGACCCAAACACCGGUCGGGGUCCCUAGGCACAAGGAGAGCACCGUCUAGCCCACGGCCGAGAUGCUAGCCAGAUUUCUGAACCCCCUAGUAGUUAGUUUAUUAAGUAAACUACUUACAGUUCUGCACCCAGAAAAUAAGUGCCUUAUACUUCUAAUGGGAAAGAAAAUAAAGAAGAUUUAAAUAGAGUAAAGAUACUAAGUAAAAUCUGUAAUAAUUUAAUAAUAUGUUAGAGUGGGCUACAUGGCCAGAGAUAAACUAUUUUAUAUUUACUGUAUUAUACUGCUAGUGCUGUAUUCUAAAGUAUGGAUGUUUAUAGGUUAUAAUUAUUAAGUUCACUGUGUUAUAAUACUUUGUUAAUCGAGUUUUAAAACAGGAUUUUGUAUUAAUAAUCCACCGACAAAAUAUCAAUAUAAUAAUCUUAUCAACUGUUCAAAUACUUGAAUGACUGGAACUAAUAUCUAUCGUUUUGAAUUUCUUACUUGUACACAGAUUUAAUACUACAUAAAAUAUGAUAAUUUGAGUUAAUUAUAUGCUUGGAAACAGCAUUAAAAUCCAACAUAAGAUUUUUUGUGC